AUGGCGGCCGCCAUCAGGUCUAUUUUAGUAGACUUGAGCGGAACGAUUCACAUUGAAAACAAGGUUAUACCUGGCUCAAUUGAAGCUGUAAAAAGGCUUCGAAGCUCUGGCCUCAAACUUCGCUUCAUCACGAACACAACGAAGGAGUCCAAACGAACACUUCUYAGUCGACUKAAUAACAUAGGGUUUGAUUUAAGCGAGGAUGAAGUGUUUACCUCACUAUCAGCUGCUAGACAGCUUGUUGAAAGGAGACAAUUACGACCAAUGCUCAUGUUGCAACCUGAUUCCAUGAGGCCAAGAGAUCUAAUUGUAUUAGUUCUGGAAGGCCAUCCUUUGAUUGCAAUACACAAGGGAAGAUACUACAAGAGAGGCGAUGGGCUAGCUCUYGGUCCUGGUCCUUUUGUCACAGCUCUAGAAUACUCUUGUGAUWCUAAAUCAGAAGUUGUUGGCAAACCAGAGCCUGGAUUCUUUCAACAAGUUUUAGACAACAUGAAUACAGAUGCAGAAUCAACAGUCAUGAUCGGUGAUGAUGCAAGAGACGAUGUUGAUGGUGCACAAAGAAUUGGAAUCAAAGGMAUUCUUGUGAAGACAGGAAAGUACAGACAGGGAGAUGAAAACAAGCUGACAAAACCUCCUUUUGCAGUGUGUACCAACUUUGCAUCUGCUGUGACUUACUUGCUGUCAUUGUCAUGACACAUGUUGCAAAUAAAAAUGGGAUAUUUAUACUGCUGAUAUACUUUACAACAUGAGAAGUGGUAUUGUAUCAGUGUACCGGUAUAGACCCCUUGCAUGUGACRUCAAAGAAGCUUCAUCUGGAGGACAAAACAAAAGAUUUUUACCCUCUUGGGAACUAGAAUCUAUUGUUUUGUCCUCCAGUUGGAGUUGCAUUUCAACGAACUGCAAGGGAUCUAUACAAUCAUGGCCUGAAGGAGAAUGGUGUAAACGAAUUUUGUAUAAAUUGAUUCAGUAAUGGUCUUUUCAGUCAUGUAUAGUAUUAGUAUACACUAUAUAUGCAUUCAAUGCUGAUGUUUUAUUUAUCGGUAUUGUAUGAGAUUUACAAGGAAUAGAUAUAGCAAUAAGGAAUGCAGUGUAUUAGAAAAAAGUAUUUAUUUACAUUUUAUCACUGAAUGGUUUGAAAUACAUUAYAGUGUAUAAAAUUAUCAUAAGAUUAAAAAUUCAAAAAUAAUUUUUUCACAAAAUUUGUCUUCCUUAGAAAAUAUUUUUAAAUUKGUUGUCCUAUAAAAGUAAAACAGUGCCUUUUAUACAAUAGAAUUUAGCUAGUCUUUUUACAUGUAAAUAUAGUAGUUUAUUUUAAUGAAUUCUAUGCAUUACUGGUUUGUAGAAUUGUAGAUAGUAGAGUUUUAUCUUGAAGUGCAUAUUCAACUUCCUUUUCAUCAAUCUUUAAUGAUACCUGAAAAAUAACAGUAUCAUGUUAUCCUUUACUUACAUUUUACCAUCAAAAAUAUCUUAAUUAUUGUACAAAAUGAUAUCGGCUUUAUUUUGAA